AUGCUAUUCCAGGGUGUUGAGCGCAAACGUCGUCGUGCUCUCCAAGGAUUGCACGAACCCGUUCACUCAGUUUUGCAGGAUUCGUUGACUCUUCAAGCAGCUCGAAGGCCAUUAAAUUCAAAUGACGGACGCGGUACGGGCAUUACCAUUCGAUCUAGCUCUCCAUUUUGUGCGCCUUCCCACGCCGAUACGAAAACGCAUCCUGACGCGCCUUUCCGCGAGGCGUGGGUUGCGUCCUUGUUCGAAGCUCAGGACGCAAUCUGCAGGGGUGUCGAGGCUCUGGAGGCGAAGAUUGGCUCUGGUUCUGCACGAGCAAAAACGUUUCAAAGCACGCGGUGGGAACGUGGUCCUAACCAGGGGGGGGGGGUGAGUCGCGUGCUGCAAGAUGGAGUCGUGUUUGGGAAGGCUGGCGUGAACGUAAGCUCCGUGCAAGGCCGUCUGCCUCUCUCGGCAGUCAAGAACAUGUGUGUGAGGGGGCGAAGGAACCUCCUGGAGGGGGUUCUGGAGGACGAGGAUUUGGCGGAGCACCCUGCAGCUGCGGGGGAGGAGACUGCGGAGUCUCCCUUCACCUUUUUUGCAGCAGGACUGUCGUUGGUGAUACAUCCGGAUAAUCCCAUGGCGCCUACGUCGCACGCGAAUUUCCGCAUGUUUCAGUUGUUCAGGAGCGGGAAGAGCAUCCUGUGGUGGUUCGGGGGGGGGGUCGAUUUGUCGCCCGCCUACGUGAUCGAGGAGGACUGUGUGGCUUUUCAUGCGGCGCUCAAAGCGGUGUGCGAUCGGUUCGACGUGGCCUACUAUCCCCGAUUCAAGGUGUGGUGUGACUAUUACUUCCGCCUUGCGCACAGGCGGGAGGCGCGCGGCGUGGGGGGCAUCUUUUUCGACGAUUUGAACGAGGGGAUGACGCGCAUGCACGACAUCAAGGCGUUCUGCUGUGAGGCUCUAAACGCGUUCGCCCCGCUGUACCUCCCUAUCGUCGAAAAGCGGUGCCAGUCUCCCUUCACGGAGGCUGAACGCCGCUGGCAGCUCCUGCGCAGGGGGCGGUAUGUGGAAUUCAAUCUGGUGUACGAUAGGGGCACGAAAUUCGGCUUUUCCCUUCCGGGCAGCAGAUCAGACAGUAUUCUCGUGUCGCUGCCUCUCCUCGCGCGCUGGGAGUAUGGCGCAGAGCCGGAGCCAGGCAGCCGAGAGGCGGAGAGCUUGGAGCUUUUUAGGAAAGCCAAAGACUGGGUGGCCUUUGACCGCAUGCAUUUAGAUGGUUUCGAAGUGCCGCUGGAGCCCGAUAGAGAGGACACCACAGUUACUGCCGAGUGCUGCAAAUACGCGAUACUCGAAGGCGGAACGUUAAGUGCGUGCAUGCUCUGCUAUACUAUGCGCAAGCGGCUGUGCAUGCAUAGAGGGUGUGCGCAGGCCACCGACUCUCAGACGUGGUGUCGCCCGCUGCGUGGCACGGAAACAGGAACUGGAGCCAGAGCAGCAGCAAGCCUAGGAGGUGCAGAAGCUGAUGCUCAUCUUGUUGCUCCUGCUGUUGCGUUCUCAGCGAGCAGUGUUCUGUGCUGUCCUCACUGCAUAGGCUUUGCUUGCCGAGAGUUUUCUGUGUGUACUUCUCAUGUAGGAGUUGUUCAACCGUUCAACACGACGCACUCCGCACUCGGAAGCGUUGGCAGCCCUAUCAACGUUUAA